UACCAUUUUCAUGGAAUAAAAGUUUAUUUCAUCUAUUUUGUAGAACUUUUAAGUGUAUGUAUGGCAACCGGAGCAUCAUAAUCCAGUUAAUUUUUAUAAUUUAUAAAAAAUUUAGAAAUUAUUCAGCUUUCGGAUGAGAUAAACAAGUUUGAAGAAAACAGCUGUUGAUUUGUCCGAAAAAUGGCAGAAGCACGUAUAGCUGUUGCUGAACCCAGGGUAAACACUAUAGAAGAAAUAACUACUCCUGAAACAUGGAGAGAAGUAUUUAAAACAUUUCGCAGUACAGCAACUAAGAGAUAUUAUAAAGUGAGAAAUCUAAUAUAUAAUGGAGUCUGGCCAGCAUCUCUGUCAAAUGUUAGACUAACAGUUCUUACAUGCAUAUUCCUAAUGCUGGUAGAACCAGGCAUUACGUCAUCUGUGAAUAACUGGCUAUGGGGUAUUGCAAACGUAUUAUAUAUUCCUAAAAGUUUACCUAGAGGACUGCAAGCUGUAAUAGUAUCUAGUAUUAUUGGAAUUAUUUCAUUUAUUGUUCUGAUGAUUGCAAGACAAAGUUUCUUAAGACUACUUCUUUCUUAUCGAGGAUGGAUGUAUGAAAAUCCUAAAAGUCAUUCCCUGAUGACCAAGUUAUGGUGUGGGGGAGUAAGACUUCUCAGUGGAUAUAAACCUUCACUGUACAGUUGCCAAAGAUCUUUACCUCGUCUACCUGUUCCAGCUGUUAAAGAUACUCUGAAUAGGUUGUAUGAAGCACUAAAACCUCAUUGCACUGAAGAAGAAUUGAAAGAAAUUAGGCAACUUGGAAAGGAAUUUGAAAACACUUUGGCUCACAAAUUGCAAAAUGUCUUGAUCAUAAAAUCAUGGUUUUGUCAAAAUUAUGUUAGUGACUGGUGGGAAAAAUAUGCUUAUCUUAUGAGCCGUAGUCCACUUCCAAACAACAGCAAUUAUUAUAUAUGUGAUGAAUGUUAUUGGAUGCCAACUGACAAACCUGUUUCACGUGCAGCAUGUUUGGUAUAUAGUUUAUUAUUGUUCAAAAGACUGAUUGAUCGGGAAGAACUUGAACCUUUAGUUAUUAGGAAUACUGUUCCCAUUUGUAUGGCUCAAUAUGAAAGGCUCUACAGUUCAGCUAGGAUUCCUGGAGAAAAUACUGACAGAAUAUUACAUUGUGAGGAAUCAAAGCAUAUAGUUGUUCAUGUGAAAGGGCUAUAUUAUAAGUUAGAUAUUUGUGAUGCAAAAAAUCAAUUUUUGGCGCCAACAACAUUGGAAGAACAACUUAAUUGGAUAGUUAAAGAUGCAACAAUGCAUGCAGAAACUCAGUCUGAAACUGAGACAUCAGUUGCUGCUUUAACUACCUUAAAACGCAAUCAGUGGGCAUCUAUUAGACAAAAGUAUAUGAAUGCUGGUGUAAAUAAAGAAACAAGACGUCUUAUUGAGCGAUCUAUUUUUGUGUUGACACUUACGGAUUAUGAACCAAAAAAUCUCACUGAAAAAGGCAAAUUUCUUUUACAUGGUGAUGGGAAAAGCAUAUGGUUUGACAAAUCUUUUCAUUUAAUCAUUUUUGGCAAUGGUGCUGCAGGUCUGAACUGUGAGCACACUGUUGCUGAUGCACCUGCUAUGGCACACAUGUGGGAAUAUAUAUUGUCCAGAGAAGUUAUUGAAAAGUUGUUUGAUGAUAAUGGGUACUGCAUGCCAUUUAGUAGAGUAUUCAAACAAGCCAAAAUAAAACCACCUCAAAGGUUAAUUUGGGAAAUGUCUCCUGAAUUGGAUAAUGUCAUUGAAGAGGCAUUGGUUCAGGCUAAAGUGAGCAAUGAUGAUUUGGAUUUAGUUGUAUAUGAUCACCAAAAGUUUGGAAAAGGGACAAUGAAAAUAUGUAAGGUGUCACCUGAUGCAUUUGUGCAAUUAGCCAUACAACUUGCAUACUAUAAAGAUGCUCAGAAAUUUGUGCAGACAUAUGAAGCUUCUAUGACAAGACUUUACCAAGGAGGAAGAACAGAAACUGUUCGUUCUUGCACUACUGAAGCAAAGGAUUUUGUCUUAAAUAUGGUGCAGAGUGAUGUGGACAAGACCACCAAGAGGGCUCUCUUGCAGCGGGCUGCUGAGAAACAUCAAAAUCUCUAUAGAGAUGCUAUGAACGGAAAGGGCAUUGAUAGACACUUGUUUGCCUUGUAUGUUGCUUGUAAAGGAUUAGGUUAUGAGAGUGAAUUUUUGCAUAAAAUCAUUACCCGUCCUUGGACUUUGUCUACUAGUCAGACUCCACAUACUCAGAUGACUUCUUUGCCAGAUGCCAAUUUAAACAUUUUUGAUGAUAAGCUAUGCACAGGAGGAGGAUUUGGACCAGUUUCAGAUGAUGGCUAUGGAUUUUCGUAUAUAUUUCCUUCUGAAAAAAGAUUUUUCUUCCAUGUGUCUUCAAAGCAUUCGUGCUCGCAGACGAGCUCAAAGAGAUUUGUUGAGCUCUUUUGUGAAAGCAUGGAAGAGAUGGUGGCUUUAUUUAAUGACGAUUGAGUUUCAAUCUUAUGUGAUAUUUAUCUUAAACUGAAAAGUAUUUUAAGUGUUCUUCACUUUUUUCUUGUAAGACUUCUGGAAUCCAUUUCCAAUGUAUUUUAUUUGGUUUUGUACUUAUACUGUGUACUUGUUACUGCAUGUGAGGACCACAUUUCUUGUAUACUUUUGAAUGAAAAAACAGUUUCAAAAAAUUAUACUUAAAAAUGAGAUUAAUUGUUAGGAUUAUUUUUCAAAUUUCAAAAAAAUUUCCACUUUUAUUAUUUUAGGUAGGUAGCUAUAAAUAUUGAUAUAAUUUCAUGUAUUAUAUUUGUUUUUAAUAUGUUCUUGUCACAUUUACUGUUUCACUUUUUUUUUUAUUUGGUUUCAGUUUCAUACUUGACUAUACGACAUGCCUAAUGGUGUUUGUAACUUUUGAAACUUUGUUCUUGUAUUUAUAUGUUACUAUAUUUUGUUAGAAUGCAUUAUGAUCUCAUUUCAUUUCAUUUCAGUUUCUGUCUUAUGUUUUACUGAUAAAUAUUUUCAUCUUUUAAUUUUGUACCUAAGUAUGUGUGAAUUUGAAUGUAAUAUUUGCUUUCAUGUAAUUUUUAUCUAAUAAACUCAGCCAUUUUA